CGGCGCGCCACACGGGCUGCUUGUGCAAUGAACGCCAUUGGGUGCCGAUGAUUUUGAAGGCUUUUUCUUUUAGGGUGCCAUGGAGACCGCGACACUGCUCCCAGAGUACUAUUGGUACCAUCUUCAAAUUGUCUGACCGUGUGGCAGAGACAAUCGAGGUGAGGCAAGGAGACCUACUUGACUCAGGAUCUUAUGAUGCUAUCAUCAAUUCUGCAAAUGAGACGUUAGAAGGUCCGCUUUUUCCAUAUUUCCCCAUUGGUGCUGAAUGUGAGAGUGGUGACGUUUUCUACCAGGAGGACGUCGUGGAUGGCCAAAUCCACAAGGCUGGAGGUCCUGCCUUGAGCAGGCUCUGCCGGAAGCUGCCCGAGCUGCCACCCAAUGAUGACCCAGAAGCGCCGUAUCCAAGUGCAUACACUCAACGUUGUGAGAUUGGGGGUGCUCGUUUGACAGAGGUCCCCGACAAGAGCCACUUGGCAUCACGAUGCCGCUUCAUAGUGCAUGCUGUUGCACCAAUCUGGGCAGGCGAUUUAGACCCACAGGAACAAGCCAGACGCUUGAGCCUGUUGAGGAAGGCAUAUGAAUCAGCCUUUGAUGCAGCUGCAAAUGCGCCAGCCCGCGUGGACUGUCUUUGUUCUCCACUUCUUGGUGCUGGAGCAAAGCAGUUCCCCCUGGACUUGGCGGCGUCCUGUGCGGCGGAGGCCGUCAAACGCUCGGGACGUACGACUCUGAAGCGGCUGGUUCUGAUGGAUCUCCGCGCGGAGUGUGUGGAGCAUCUCACGAAGGAGUUCAGCAAAGCUCUCGACGCUUCGUGAAGGGCGAUGCCAGAAGCCGACGAUUCCUGUUUUCGAAUGCAGCGAAAAUACCUUUCCGGCUUUUCGGAAAGAGCGC